AUGGCCGACACAUCGGCUCUGACAGACCCUCUGGCGGACAGAGGGCCUGAACUGAGUGGCACCACGACAGCAUUGCUCGUUCUCGCAACCGUUUUUGUCGGUCUCCGGUUCUGGGCGCGGUGGACUGUUGGCUUUCACUAUGGCCUCGAUGACUGGUUCAUGGUAGUAGGCCUGAUUGUCACCUUUAUGGCCGGAGCCCUCAACUAUGCCAUGAUUGCACAAGGCCUCGGCCGCCACGCCGCAACAUUAUCACAAGACACGCUGAUACAGUUCCUCAAGCUGCUACUGGCAUUUGAGUGUGUAUACGUGACGGCGGUCAUGUUCAUCAAGAUCUCGCUGCUGCUCAUGUACCGCCGCAUCUUCCCCGGCCGCGGCUUCAAGAUCGCGGCCAUGGUCCUCGGCCUCCUCACCAUCGGCUGGUGGCUCGCCAUUGUCUUUGUGUGUGUCUUCCAGUGCACACCCGUGGCCAAGGCCUACAUGCCCUGGAUCGAAGGUACCUGCAUCGACCUUAAGGCGUCCUUCAUUGGCAACGCCAUCCCCAAUAUCUUGACCGACGUAGCCAUCUUGUGCUUGCCCAUCGGCCAGGUGUGGAAGCUACAGGUGACGCUGGCUCAGCGCUUGUCCUUGUGCUUCAUGUUCCUGCUGGGAGGAUUCGUUCUCUUUGCCAGCAUCUACCGCUUCACAACAAUUAUGCAGUUUGAGCUUACAGACACGACAUGGACGCUCGCCACUGCGUGUACAUGGUGCGUCGUCGAAUGCGCAUGCGGUGUUAUCAGCGCUUGCCUGCCCACAUUACGCCCCCUCAUGGUCAAAGUCUCGUCACAGUUCGGCAGCAUCGCGACAAAAUACAACCUCUCUGGGGGCCAGAGCGAUGGGCGCUCCAAGGCUGGAAGCCGGGGACCAACGGAACUCAUGACGAUCGGGGGAACGGGAGGGAAGUCGGCCGACAGAGGGUUCAAGCGCUUGGGAACCGAAGACGGAAAGUACGGCAUCACGACGAACAUCUCAACCCGAUCCGCAGGAGCAGGAGGAGCGACGACUAAGCCCUCGGAUGAUUCUGACUCGGGAUCGUGCGACGACUUGUCCCUGAAGGGCGGAAUACGGAUCAAAGUGGACCAGGAGGUCCGUUGGGGCGAGGAGAGCCGGGCUCGUCAGGACUCGACGGCAUCGACAAAGUACGAGUCCUCAUCACGGAGCGGAUCCUCGCAUCUGGCCUCAAACCGAGUCUGA